ACUGUUGCAUACUUCGAUCCAGUGCGUCAAUAAGUAUUCGUUUACUUUUUUUUCCUUAAACCUUGAAUGCAUAUUUUCACGUGCCAAUGAUUGCCGCCGCAGCAGAUUCAUUCGAAGUAGAAAAGGCCAAGCUGUGUCGCAAGAUUGCCGAGCUACAGGCUGCAUUGAAUGCGAAAGAUCAGAAAUUGCGCGAGCUUCAGACCAGAGCAGAUAACUAUGGUGCAGAAGACGAAGUGCAAUUCGCUCCAAGGGAUAAACAUGAAGCUCUAAGCAACGAUGACAUCGCACGCUACAGUCGACAGCUUAUAUUAACUGAUUUUGGUGUAAGUGGCCAACUAAAGCUCAAGAACAGUGCUGUGCUUAUCGUUGGUAUGGGUGGCCUUGGCUGCCCAGCAGCACAGUAUCUGGCCAGCGCGGGAUGUGGAAACUUGGGACUGGUUGACUAUGACCAAGUAGAGCGAAGCAAUCUUCAUCGCCAGACCUUGCACACGGUGUCGCGUUGUGGUAUGUCAAAAGCAGAAUCGGCACGAAUAGCACUGUUGGAGCUCAAUCCCCAUUGUCGGAUUAUAUGUCACUCGCAUCUUUUGAACAGCUUUAAUGCAAUGCAUAUAAUCCGCGCAUAUGACGUCGUCCUCGACUGCAGUGACAAUGUGGCCACACGGUAUCUUCUGAACGAUGCCUGCUCCAUGCUCCAGAGGCCUUUGGUUUCUGGCAGCGCACUCAAACUGGAUGGGCAGCUAACUGUUUAUUGCUAUGGAGAACACGGACCUUGUUAUCGCUGCAUUUAUCCGGUGCCACCUCCCCCAGAGGCUGUCACCAAUUGCGGCGAUGGUGGCGUAUUGGGCGCUGUCACUGGCACAAUAGGCGCUAUGCAGGCAUUGGAAGCUAUUAAAGUUAUUGUCGGAUUCGGGGAUGUUCUGGCCGGACGCAUGCUUAUCUUUGACGGCAACAGCUGCCAGUUCCGCAACAUCAAAAUUCGUGGCAAGCGACCCAAUUGCCAUCUCUGCUCAGCCCAGCCACUUAUCACUGGCCUGAUCGACUAUGAACUCUUUUGUGGCAUGAAUGCUAAUGACAAGGACAACGCGCUGCAGCUGUUGGGGCCAGAGCAGCGUAUCAAAGUGCUGGACUACCAUAAUCUGGUUGCCCAGACUGUGCCCCAUUUGUUGUUGGACGUUCGUGCACCGGCAGAAUUUGAAAUUUGUCAGCUGCCGGAUGCAACCAAUGUCCCUUUGGCUCAGAUUCUGGACGACAGCUAUAUACAGCGCUUUGCUGAACAAUUAAAGAACAAACAAUAUCCAAUAUUUGUCGUUUGUCGUCGUGGAAAUGACUCACAGAUUGCAGUGCAGCAUAUGAAAGCUCGCUUCCCCGAUCAUUCCAUACGGGACUUGGAAGAUGGCUUGCAUGGCUGGACAAAGCUGGUAGACCAGAAUUUUCCAAUUUACUAGAUCUAAUUGUUGUAUCGUUACAUAUAUACUCUUAAAUAUCUAAUAAAAUAAUAUAUAUCCUUAAUUUUUUUCUAGACGAAAGUC